AUGAUAACCCGUUCAAAACUCGUUGAGCAGCUCAGAGAUUACCAGAUCCGAUCUCAGCACAAAUACUCUCCGCUCACUUUCUUCUCUCCCAAACCUCAUAUCAUUACUUGGGUUGAUGUUGCUGUGGCAAUUGCUUUGGCUCUAGUGUUCUGCGCACUUGUCCUCAUAUCCUGCAUGACCCUUUAUUUAAGGCGUUUUUGGAUUUUUCUUCUUGUUGUAUGCUUCAUUAUAUUACUUCUCACACGCCUAAGAGCUUCUAGGCAAACCUUGGCAAGGAAAAGAGAAAGAAGACUUCCAUUGUCCAUAUGA